GAGUCAGACCGCAAUCAAUCCUUUCCAUCCUCCACCAUUUCCCUACGCCAUAACGGCCUUUCACUAUCAUACCACAGGCCCACCGCCUUGAUUUGUGUCAAGUCAAUUUGUCCCGAGUAAUCUUUCUGCUAUGGACCGGGAACUCGCCCAAUUUGUUCAGGCGACUCUCAUCGCAUCGGACCCAUCGCAAGCUUCUCUGCAUGAGCAGGCUUUGGAGUAUCUCUCUAACAUCGAAAAAAAUGCGCAAAACACAUGGCAACUGGCGUUGACCUUGUUCCUGGACACCGCGCCGGAUGGAGGGCGUAAAUACCCCUCGCAGUCGAGAUUUUUCGCUCUUAGGGUUUUGGAUGGGUUUCUAGACAACCGAUUCGAACCAUUGGACAAUGUCACCUUUCAGACCUUACAGCAAUCGCUCUUGGGUUAUAUACAAUCUGAGUAUAUUUAUGGUUCCUCGGAAAGCAGCGCGACCUUUUUGCGUAACAAGUUCUCGCACACUUUGACACUAUUUUUUCUAGCAACAUACGUAGACCAAUGGCCAACAUUCUUCAUAGACUUGUUUUCUCUGAUGCGUCCGGCGGAGUCAUCCUUACAACCCUCAUUCAAUCCACAUCUCUCUCUCUUGCUCUUCCACAUUGUCCUUGAAAUUUCUGGGGAAGUCGCAGAUCAGAUCAUUAAGUCUGCACGACAACACAGCAGUGUACGACAUGCUCGGGAUGCGCGUGUUCGGGAUGCAGUUCGAGAACGAGAUGCUGUGCGAAUUAAUGAAGCGGUUUUAACCAUCGUCGUUGAUGCCGCUGACAGGAUGAUGAAGCUUCAAAAGGGUGAACUUGCGCCCACGUCUGAACGAGAAUCAACAGAAGUUAUUGAAGUAGUCGAUUGGGGAAUUCGAACAUUUGGCUCCUACGUCGGGUGGAUUGACAUCAACUUGACUGUCACGCCAACCACUGUUCCUUUGCUAUUCAUGCUCUUGUCUGAUCAGUCUCUAGCUAUCCGUCUCGCAGCGUCUGUCGCAUUGCUCCGAAUUCUAUCCAAAGGCCUAAAAGAACCCGGGGACAAACUUCAGCUCAUCAAAGUGUUAUCGUUGGGACAGGUCCUAGAGGCUUUAGAGGAGAAGACGCGGACGGAGCAGGCGAUCCGUGGAGAAGCUGUUGAUGAAGGAGAAGAAUCCUAUCGUGAGGCCCUUGGCAGGCUGCUUAACGUUCUUGGCUUAGAGUUGAUGAAACUCGUCGACGAGUGUCCACUCGAAGACAUCCGGUCGGAAGCGUCACGCUUGCUGAACCAAACUCUCCCUGGCAUGCUCCAUUUCAUGGCAGACGACUACGACGAUACGUGUUCAACAAUAUUUCCUAUGGUUCAAACUAUCCUUGCCAGUUAUAAACGAAGUCGAAAAACGUCGUCGGAUCCUGUGGAGUCAGAAAAACGCUCGUUUCUCACAUCUCUUCUCGGUGUCAUCUUCACAAAGAUGAAGUGGGAAGAAGACACAGACGUAGACGAAUUAGAUGAUGAAGAUCGCGGUGCCUUCGAGAGUCUCCGAAAGGACUUACGUUCAUUCGUGGACUCUGUGAUCUUCAUUGAUCAAGACCUUGUCACCGACGCCGUGAGAGCGCAAGCGUUAGACAUAUUGAACGCAUACAGUGCUGGUGUCUCCGUGAAAUGGAAUGAUGCUGAGCUAGCGAUCUAUUUGGUCUACAUCUUCGGCGAAAUCAACAAAACUGGCGGCAAAGGGCGCAGUGCCUUCUGCAAGACUCCUGUGGCGGUAGCAAAGGAAAAGCGAAAAGAAACCGACUACUCGACUUUUCCUUUGACUACUCAUGGCGAAAUGAUCUAUACGCUCAUUCAAUCUGGAAUAUCUGCGUACCCUCAUCGAACAGUGGUGAUGCAAUUCUUCGAGACCGUUGUGCGAUACAGCGACUUCUUCAAAGUACGCAAAGAGUGUAUUCUCCCAACAUUGCAGUCGAUGGUAGACACAAGGGGCUUGCACAACCCAAACUCGACCGUGCAAUCACGUGUAUACUAUCUGUUUCAUAGAUUCGUCAAGGAAAGCCGGAACGAAGUCACACCUGAUCUUGCUGGGACUUUACUUGAAGGUAUUCGUGACAUCUUAGCCAUACAAGUCGAGCUUCCCGAACUCGAAAGUCCCGAACAAGACCUAUUGUCUGAAGCCAUAAAAAACACUAGCUCUUUUGAUGCUCAACUCUACCUCUUCGAGACCGUCGGCACACUCGUUUCCCUGUUCUGGAAAUCGCCUGACCAGCCAGCCCUGCUAUCGUCCUUCGUCAAGCCGCUUCUGGACGAGCUGUCUGUAAGCCUGCAAGCUAUCAAGGGCGCGCAGGACGUUGUGCCCAUCCUCAAAGUUCAUCAUACUAUCAUGGCUCUAGGAAACAUUGCAAAGGGGUUCCCGGAAUAUCCCUCCCCGCUUCCAGAAGGAUACACCUUACCUCCUCUGGACGUGUUUCAGGACAUAGCUCAAGCUAUUCUCAUGUCGUUAGCGGCGAUGAAUGUUUUCAAGCCUGUUCGUGAUGCGACUCGUUUUGCGUUUGCACGAAUCUUAGCAACGACUGGUCCAAGUGUCACACGUUUCAUCCCACCGCUUAUGGCCAACCUGCUCGCCCACUUUGAGCUAAGCGAGUUGGUCGACUUUAUGAACUUCAUCAGUCUUCUAAUCCACAAGCUUCAACAAGAUUUGUUUGACGUCCUGAAUGAGCUUAUUGGCCCGCUCAGUGCUCAUAUCACCGGAAUACUAUCUCAACCUGUCAGUGGGACCGAUGAUGAAUUGUCUCAUGCGGAAAUAAAGAAGGCCUAUCUCGCACUACUCAAUAACGUGGUCUCCUCAAAAUUGCACAGGAUCUUUAUAUCUGAUCAAAAUAAGAAUCGGUUCGAGCCUUUACUCGAGAACAUGCUACAGCUCGCUGGGGAUGUAUCCGAUCCGUACAGUGAAAGGGCUGCAUUCACAUUUUUAGGAAGAAGCAUCAAUGUUUGGGGUCAGCCGUUGACUGCUGCAACCGGAGAUUCCUCUGCGACUUCACUAGGCCUCCAAGGUUUCGAGAGAAUUAUCUACGAAAACAUCGUUCCUGCUGCAUUUCGGGUCUUGUCAUUGCCCGAGUUUAAUAUAAAGGACGGCCAGAUUCUCAUGGUCCUUCAUGAGAUAGCCAACCUUCUUCAGGCUAUUGUCAGGACACGGGGUCAGGAGGCUUUCGAAUUCUUUAUCUCUAUAUUUUUGCCGGCGCAGAACUGGCCUCCAGAAACGGCCGUCGAGUUCACCACGAAGAUGCGGGAUCUCGAUAACAAAAAUUUCAGGAAGUAUUUCUCGGAUUUCGUGCGUGCUUCGCAGUCCGCCUCAUAACACGUAUACCGGAAGAAAUCUUUUCUCAUUAGAGCUACUUGGCUAACUUACUUCAACUGUGAUUGGAAUCUGCACUGCCCAUACUAUACAAUCUCGUCCAUGUUUUCACAUUUAUCGCACACUCCACCUGUUGUUCUACUAUUACUGCCGUCGCUUUUGUCGUUACACCCACACUUGUCUUCGUCCUAAUCGCUCGGUCGAGACCUAACUUUUUAGGCUU